AUGGCAAUUGAUGAACCUAGCAUUACUUGUUGUAAACAAGCACAAUGUUCAAGUACACACUUUUGCAAUAUUAGACAACGUGUUUGUAUGCUCAAAUAUGCUGUCAACAGUACAUGUGAACGUGAUUUAGAAUGUUCUGAUGGCAAAUGUUAUGAUUAUAUAUGUCGUCAAUCAUGUGAAUCCGAUGAUGAUUGUUCUUUAACCAAAGAAUAUUGCACUGUAAACAAGUAUUGUAAUGCUAAAUACUGUGGUAUGUGUCUACGAGAUGCACAAUGUGCUAAUAAUCUUUGUGAAUAUUUUCAUUGUACAUCAGAUGAUUGUACUAGAGCAUUAGACAUUCUUUUUAAACAAUCAUAA